UGUUUCUAUAGCGUAUCUAUUUUUUAAGUUAAUAUAUAUUUCAAAGUCAUUUCAACAGUAAUACCAAACCAUUAAAAUGGACCACGACUCAUUAAACGAGAGGAACCGCUCUCCCAUCCCGUCUUCUAUCUCCAGUGGCCCAUCCCUGUGCUACAGUGGGCGUGGUAUGAAUGGGAAAAUAAACUGCAGACACCCAACAAUACUUCCUACAAUCAGUUGAGCUCAGCCGCUGCUCUGAUCCGCUCUUGCGUAAGAAGAAAACAAAGCCAUAACAGCCGAGCUGCGCUGUCAUUUCUUUUUUUUUCCAAAGUAGGAUUUGGCACGUUGGACCAAAUAAAACCGCUCCGAAAGAGCCCCGGCCGGUGUGCUAUCAAAUGGGGAGGCGGACGGCACCAGUGAGUGUCAAACACUGCUAAACAAUUUGAACGGCAGGCUCUCUCCGGGACCCGUCAUGCGGUAGAGGGAGAGAGAGGUUGUGGAUGAUCAACGAGAACCUGCAGGACCCAUCCAGAACCAUGAGCGGGGGAGAGGUCAUCUUCCAGGGCUGGCUGAGGAAGUCUCCGCCGGAGAAGAAACUCCGGAGAUAUGCGUGGAAGAAGCGCUGGUUCAUCCUGCGCAGCGGGCGGAUGAGCGGCGACCCCGACGUCCUGGAGUACUACAAGAACGACCACUCCAAGAAGCCCAUCCGGGUGAUCGACCUGCACUGCUGCGAGCAGGUGGACGCCGGGCUCACCUUCAAGAGGAAGGAGUUCCAGGACAGCUUCGUGUUCGACAUCAAGACCUCCGACCGCACCUUCUACCUGGUGGCCGAGACGGAGGACGAGAUGAAUAAGUGGGUGCGCUCUAUCUGCCAGCUGUGUGGAUUCAACCAAUCGGACGACAACCACGACGGUCGCUCGGCCCACACGCCUCGGACCUCGGACCUCCAGAACUCGACCGCCGCCUCGUCGUCGGCGCCGCUGAGCGAGCGCAAGCCGUCGGCGCCCGUCCACUCCUCGCAGCCCGUGCUCUUCACCUUCGACGUGCCGCUACGCCACGCCCACCACGGCUCGCUGUCCAACAGCGCACCCCAGGACUACCUCCUGCUACACCAGUGCAUGAGCAGGAAGUCCGAGAGCGCGAGGAGCGCCAGCUUCUCCCAGUCCACGCGCAGCAGCCUGUUCAUGAGCAGCGACUCUGCGGUGCAGAAGCUGUCCCACGGCCUGUCCCACUGUCUGAACGGCAGCGGGGCCCACCUGCAGGGCUUCUACAGCCUGCCCAAGCCGGGCAAGCCCCACCUGGCCGCGCACCACCACCACCUCCACGACCCCGCGGCGGAGGAGGCCUGCUACGUGCUGCCGCGCAGCUACGGCUCGGACGCCACCGCGCUGGACCUGGAGCGCGACGAGGACGACGAGGAGGAGGAGGAGGUGUACACCUUCAAGACGCCCUGCAACGCCCCGGCCGCCGCGGGGCCGUCGGCGCACGGCGAGCGGGCCUCGGACAACUACGACCUGCCCACCACGCCGGGCUCCUUCUACCAGAUCCCGCGCGCCUUCGACAAGAACCACAACUCGCUGACGCCGUCCAGCUCCGAGUCGUCGUCGUGCGUGGCGGCCCCGCCGCCGCCGCGGCCCCCCAAGCCCAGCCAGGGGUCCGACAGCCAGUGGGGGAGCCCGAAGUCGGCGGGCAGCCAGAACGGGGAGGCGCCGGCCAACGGCGUGUCGGUGAUACCGCGGCGGAACACGCUGCCCGCCGUGGAGAACGUCAGGCUGCACCGAGGCUCCUCCUUUGAAACCAACAACCACCAACGCCCCAACGUCUACUUUAACAACUCGGGCCAAUCGGUGGAGUCGGUCAACGAUGGCUACAGCUCCUACCUGAGAACCCGGGCACCGCUGACCCGCUCGGACAGCGGCAACUCGGACGACAACUACGUGCCGAUGAACCCGGGCUCGUCGCCGCUGAGCGCCGCCGCCGUGCCGGCCGACAGCCCCAAGAACAUCUACAUCCCGAUGAGCCCCGGCCCGCACCACUUCGACUUCCCGGGCUUCUCGGCCACGCUGCCCGCGCGCAAGGGCAGCGCCACCUCGCUGUGCCACCGGCCCGGCCGCCUCAGCGACGUCACGCCGCCUCCCGUCAACCGCAACCUCAAGCCCAACCGCAAGUCGAAGCCCACCCCCCUGGAUCUGAGGACCAAUGGGAUUAUCGACGAGCUACCCUUCAAGAGCCCUGUCACCAUGUCGUGGACCAGACCUAUGCCCGCGGUGAACUCCACGUCCUCCCAGCACUGCCGGCCCGUCUCCACCCAGAGCAUCACCAGCACCGACUCCGCCGACAGCGAGGAGAACUACGUUGCCAUGCAGAACCCUGCCUCCACGUCCCCGGCGGUCAGUGGCACCAGUAGCCCCGCCCCCAGGAAGUGUGGGAACGUGGACUACCUGGCGCUGGACUUCCAGCCCGGCUCCCCAAGCCCCUGCAGGAAGCCGUCCACGUCGUCGGUGACCUCCGACGAGAAGGUGGACUACGUCCAGGUGGACAAGGAGAAGACCCAGGCCCUCCAGAACACAAUGCAAGAGUGGACCGACGUGCGGCAGUCCACCGAGCCCACUAAGGGGGUCAAGUCCUGACCCCGAACGGGGUAACGAUCUCCAAACACACAGCAGCACACACAUUAACAACAAACUAAACCCAAACACCCUCCGACCGGACUCAACUUAGCCCUCCUCCGGUCGCGGUACCAGAGGAACGGAAAGAACCGAUUUCUCUGAAGCAGGAAGUGGACGCUCGGACGUAAGCAGACUUAAAAGCCAUAACUUUUCGUACGACACGAGGAUGAAAGCCGAUACCCUGACGUUUCACCCCGACCCUAACCUCCCACAACCCCCGAAACGCUUCUUCAAGGCUGUUCUGAGGACCUGCUAUGGAUCUGACUGAUACUGCGUAUGGAAAAACAAUAUUUCCCCCUGCGUGUUGAACUUGAAACUGCUUGUCAUGAACCUGGAUGCCUAUGACUGACCGACCUGCGGUGGAAUCACUUCUGAAACGCCUCCACCUUCUCUGCCUCACUGGUGGUGACGUACCUGUGUGUUACCUGCCUGUUACCUUCAACUGCUAAGACCGCCCCGAUGCCGCUUACCAGGUCAAUACAGGCCCUGAUCGGCUAACAACGAAAUCCAAGCUGACGUGUUCGAACAGAGUAAAAAGGUCAGGUUUGAGAAUAUCUUGUUUCACCGCGAUACGCCUCAUUGAAUGAAUGGGUUUCCGUCACUGUAUUGUAGGCUGUGGAGUUCGACAGCAUUUGGACGGCAGUUGGACAGCCUAUACGAAUGCGCCAAUUUAGAAUUAGCUUGAAGUAUGUCAGGGGGACUUAAUGACCCAAUGACUACGGUCACUUACUAGUUUGGGUUGGAGGGAGGGUCUUCCAGCAGACUGCAGGGGGUUGACGGUUGGAAACCCUUCCGAAGGCACCUUGAGCAAGGCAUGUUACACCUCAGCUCCACCCCGCGGAAGCUGAUCCACACCUCGAAUGACGGCUGUUUUACAUGUGCGUAUGUUUCUGUGUAUGUGGCUGCCUGUGUGACUGUUUGAGGGUGCUUGCUGUCCAGGGGGGUAAAAAAGUAGUGCGCCAGUGUGUACACUUAACCAGAACUGCAACAGGGCACAAUUUAUCUCACUCUCUCUGCCUCUCCACUUUUCUCGUUCCACCCUUCUCUCUCUCUCUCUCUCUCUCUCUCUCUCUCUCUCUCUCUCUCUCUCUCUCUCUCUCUCUCUCUCUCUCUCUCUCUCUCUCUCUCUCUCUCUCUCUCUCUCUCUCUCUCUCUCUCUCUCUCUCUCUCUCUCUCUCUCUCUCUCUCUCUCUCUCAGCCUCUCUCUCUCUCUCUCUCUCUCUCUCUCUCUCUCUCUCUCUCUCUCUCUCUCUCUGUGUCACUGUGUCUAUGCCCCUCUCUCUCUGUCUCUCUCACUGUGUCGCUGCCUCACUCUGUCGUUGGCUGCUGUUUUUUGCUGAGUGCGGCGGGAACCACUGAAGAGAUUAUUUUUCUCUGCAGGCAAUGGCUUCUGCUUGGCGGUGCAUGUCUUGCAGAGGGAAAAACCCAGGGUCACACCACUGUUACGUAGAAUCAGAGCUGCACGCAACCACAACAUGGACUCAUAGGUGCACGUCUUAUUUUAUAAUGAACUAUGCCGCCAUUUGAAAAUGACACAUAACACAAUUAACCAAUUCAUUGAUGAAGACGCCACUUUACGUUUUCUAAAAUUGGUCUGUCCCCAUUUCGUUCCGGAGUCAUUUCAGCAAUCUUGAGUAAAAGCAAUGGAUAAGGAAAUGUCCUUUUUGUAUCUUCUCAAAAACAGGACAAUGAUUUAAAAGCCAUACCUCUAUGCCUCUAUCAAUAUGAAUUAUAAUGUAUACCUUCCAGCCCUACUUUGAAUGACAGAAGGGGUAAGAAAGAUUGAAGCAGCAAUCACAGACUCCAGUUGGUUGCAGGGUUAACACAUCUAUGCAGGUCUAAUAAUGAUUUUAUUCAACGAAAACACCGUCCAAAAAGCACCCAGCGAGAAGAGGAAUAGUGUUGAAGCUUUGUUAACGUUUGAUCUCAGACGGAUCAGAGUUUGUUUCAGUUUAAACCGCCACAUUUCAAAGGUCAAAGUACUUGUUCCUUGGACAGCCUCUGUAGCAGUUAGAGUUUCAACAAUGUUUAACAAUGUGCUAGUUGUAACUACAUGUAGAGAACACUGGACUGACUUCAGAGAGAGAAGUCAAACAAAACGUUUGGCCGGAAUCUGAAGGCCACUGGUAUUGUCUUGAGGUCUCGCUCGGGAUACCACGGUUUCACGAGGAGGCAAAACAGCAAAGAACGAGAAUCGAUUUUUCUCACCUUCACCGUCAUAUGGUCAUCCUUCUCGUUUAAAUAUGCCAAAAAGAAAAACAAGUAUCACUUAUUUGAACAUCCAAAUAGAAUCAAUGGAACUUCCUCUCCAGCUAGAAAAACAAAAAAACAUUUAUUACUGAUAACAAUAUCACUAAUGGGCUAACAUAUGGCAGACCAACGCGUGGGUUCACCUUGGCGAGUUCGAUUCACUCCAAGGGGUUGCUAGUACCCUUCAUUUAGUUUCACUUGCAAUUUUGUAUUAGUGGCGUAAAAUAUACACUCUCUAUGACAUUUCACAGUGUUUUAAAAUCAUGUCAACGGCCACUAUUUUCAGACCUCUAGUCAACGAUGUUAAACCAUGAUUUUUUGGCGGGAGAGGGUUGUUAUUGGCAGACCCCGUGUUUGACAGUAAAUGUGCGUAAAACAAAGCAAUGACUGAGAGCAAGAGAGAUGUACAACGAAAAAAAAGCAUGAAGUGUCUUCGUUUUAUAUUUUUUACCCUGUGUAAUGGUUGUUAAAGUGCUAAUUAAGUGCAAAUAAAGUGUGUGUAGGAUGGAGUGUGUAUACAACUAAAGUCAGCUUUGACAGUCCACUGAUUUGACAGGGCUAUCCAGGGUCUGUUGUAUCACUACAGCGACCCCAUGUGGAAUGAAUAGGUUCUAAUACAUGACAAAUGUGCAUCACUUAAGUUAGAGCGGGUCAGUAAUAUAUUACAAAAAGAAGUGUGUUCAGUUCUGCUGUAUCGUUUAAAACUAUUGCCUUUUUCCUUAACAGCCACUUGAUACAAAAAGGACUUGCCAAUGAAUAGAAAUUGAAAUACCACUAAGGAACUAAGGAUUUCUUUCUCCUCUUGACUGCUUGAUGUUCUGAAAUUGCCUUAUGUCUUUAUUCUGCUUUGAUACAAUAUAUAUACUCAUUUGUUUCUCCUUGUUUUCUUUUUUAAAGGAAUCGGUAAUUGUCAUUUCGGGUCCAAAAUAAAUCCAGUAUUUCAUUGUGGGCAGGAACCACUUUUAACAAAGCCAUCCCUUUGUGGUCGUCAUGGUGACGCAAACACCAGACCUUAUUAUUGAUGGUUGCAUUAAGAUUUACGAUCUUGGUGUUUUUCUACCAUUUUUACUGCUUUUUGUAUUCUUUUUAUCGUUAUUUUUUACUAAUAAGCGUAAGACAGUGUUUUUGAUAUCGACAGGGGUCAAGCUAAAUUAAACUAAAAGCUUUGUUUUUAUUUUAUUUGUUUAAAAGAUGAUACUGCGCUUGAAUUUUUAUGAAGCAUCCUUUCCUUAGGGGGAGGGGUGGGCUGAACGUUGAACUGCUCUGGCAAACUGACAAUAACCGAACGCAAGAAAAUAGCAAAGAAAAUCUGAAUCCGUCUCCCUGUGACUUUCUCUCUCUCUCGUUGAUGUCAAGAAAAAGCAAACCAAGGAAAUGAAAACAAGGGGACAUGUAAUUUAUUAGCUAGAGAGCUGUAGACUAUGUGUGGUAUCGUAGAUUGUGCUCGUGUCGUGUUUCAAAAUGGCGGCCAACUGUCCCGCCAGUCCUGCUGUAUAGGCCCACUAGUACAGAUCUCUUGUUUUCAAACCACUGUUGUUGCUCCAUACUGUGAGGCCUCUGUAGUUUGCUUGUGUGUUAAUUUAUUAAUUUAUUGGGUCUAUUAGCAGUUGAUAAGUGUAUAAAAAGGAAGGAUUAAAAAAAAAUACGAGGACAUUUUCUCUCCCUACUAACAUUGAUGUUUGAUGAUGAUGUUGAUGAUGAUGUGGAUUUUGUGAAGCAAUAUGACGAAGGAGAUGGGUGUGCCGGUAACGUGGUCGGCUACAGUAUGUCUGGGAUACACACGGGACGGCACCUCUUUGUUAUAUUCCUGUAUUAAUGGUAGACUUCAACUGUGGACAUAAAUAAAUCAAUAUGUGCAUCCUG